AUGGAGUUACAGAAGGGAAAGGGGGCAGCAGCAGCUGCUGCUUCGGGAGCAGCGGGAGGUGGAGGAGGAGCGGGAGCAGGAGCCCCAGGAGGGGGGAGGCUGCUACUUUCAACCAGUUUGGAUGCCAAGGAUGAGUUAGAGGAGAGAUUGGAAAGAUGUAUGAGCAUUGUGACGUCGAUGACUACUGGUGUCUCAGAGAGAGAGGCCAAUGAUGCCCUCAAUGCCUAUGUAUGCAAAGGCCCCCCGCAACAUGAGGAAAUCUGCCUGGGCCUCUUCACCCUUGUCCUUACUGAACCAGCCCAAGCCCAGAAGUGUUACCGGGACUUGGCUCUGGUGAGUCGUGAUGGCAUGAAUAUUGUUCUGAAUAAAAUCAACCAGAUACUCAUGGAGAAGUACUUGAAGUUGCAGGAUACCUGCCGUACUCAGUUGGUGUGGUUGGUACGGGAACUAGUGAAGAGUGGGGUUCUGGGAGCCGAUGGUGUUUGCAUGACAUUCAUGAAGCAGAUUGCUGGUGGGGAUGUCACAGCAAAAAACAUCUGGUUGGCAGAGAGUGUUCUGGAUAUCCUGAUGGAGCAGAGGGAAUGGGUACUGAAGAGUAGCAUCCUCAUUGCCAUGGCUGUUUACACAUACCUCCGCCUCAUUGUCGACCACCACGGGACCGCCCAGCUCCAGGCCCUGCGGCAGAAGGAGGUGGACUUCUGCAUCUCACUGCUUCGGGAGCGGUUCAUGGAAUGUUUGAUGAUUGGCCGAGACCUCGUCAGACUGCUUCAGAAUGUUGCCAGGAUACCAGAAUUUGAACUGCUUUGGAAAGAUAUUAUCCAUAACCCUCAGGCCUUGAGUCCUCAGUUCACAGGUAUCCUACAGCUUCUUCAGUCAAGAACAUCUCGAAAAUUCCUAGCAUGUCGUCUAACCCCAGACAUGGAGACUAAGCUCCUCUUCAUGACAUCCCGGGUGCGGUUUGGUCAACAAAAGCGAUACCAGGAUUGGUUCCAGCGUCAGUACCUGUCAACCCCAGACAGUCAGUCUUUGCGCUGUGACCUCAUUCGCUACAUCUGUGGAGUUGUCCACCCUUCCAAUGAAGUGCUGAGUUCAGAUAUCUUGCCCCGAUGGGCCAUCAUUGGCUGGCUCCUGACAACGUGCACGUCAAAUGUCGCUGCCUCUAAUGCCAAGCUGGCUUUGUUUUACGACUGGCUGUUCUUCAGCCCAGACAAGGAUAGCAUUAUGAACAUAGAGCCAGCCAUCCUGGUCAUGCAUCACUCCAUGAAGCCCCACCCAGCCAUCACUGCCACACUCCUGGACUUCAUGUGCCGUAUCAUUCCCAACUUCUAUCCGCCGCUGGAGGGCCACGUGCGGCAGGGUGUCUUCUCCUCCCUCAAUCACAUUGUGGAGAAGCGGGUCCUGGCGCAUUUGGCUCCUCUCUUUGACAACCCUAAAUUGGAUAAGGAGCUGCGGGCAAUGCUGAGGGAGAAGUUUCCUGAGUUCUGCAGUUCACCCAGCCCACCUGUGGAAGUCAAAAUCGAGGAGCCAGUUUCCAUGGAGAUGGACAACCACAUGUCAGACAAGGAUGAGAGUUGCUAUGACAACGCAGAGGCAGCCUUCAGUGACGAUGAGGAGGAUCUCAACAGCAAAGGGAAGAAGAGAGAGUUUCGCUUCCACCCGAUCAAGGAGACAGUGGUGGAGGAACCAGUUGAUAUUACCCCUUACCUUGACCAGCUCGAUGAGUCCCUGAGGGACAAAGUGCUCCAGCUCCAGAAGGGGAGCGACACAGAGGCCCAGUGUGAGGUCAUGCAGGAAAUCGUGGACCAGGUCCUGGAGGAAGACUUUGACUCGGAGCAGCUGUCUGUCCUAGCUUCCUGCCUGCAGGAGCUCUUCAAGGGCCACUUCCGAGGGGAAGUGCUGCCCGAGGAGAUCACUGAGGAGUCCCUGGAGGAGUCUGUGGGGAAGCCUCUCUACCUAAUAUUUAGGAACCUGUGCCAGAUGCAGGAAGACAACAGCAGCUUCUCUCUGCUGCUGGACCUUCUCUCUGAGCUGUACCAAAAGCAGCCCAAGAUUGGCUACCACCUGCUCUACUACCUAAGGGCCAGCAAAGCCGCCGCCGGGAAGAUGAACCUGUACGAGUCGUUUGCCCAGGCCACCCAGCUUGGCGACCUGCACACCUGCUUAAUGAUGGACAUGAAGGCCUGCCAGGAAGACGACGUGCGGCUGCUCUGCCACCUCACACCCUCCAUCUACACAGAGUUUCCAGAUGAGACCUUGCGGAGCGGGGAGCUGCUCAACAUGAUCGUGGCUGUUAUUGACUCAGCACAGCUCCAGGAGCUGGUCUGCCACGUGAUGAUGGGAAACCUGGUCAUGUUUCGGAAAGACUCAGUCCUCAAUAUACUCAUCCAGAGCUUGGACUGGGAAACCUUUGAGCAGUACUGUGCCUGGCAGCUCUUCCUGGCCCACAACAUCCCCCUGGAGACCAUAAUCCCCAUACUGCAGCACCUCAAGUACAAGGAGCACCCAGAGGCCCUGUCCUGUCUCCUGCUUCAGCUCCGAAGAGAGAAGCCCAGCGAGGAGAUGGUGAAGAUGGUGCUGAGCCGGCCCUGCCACCCUGACGACCAGUUCACCACCAGCAUCCUGAGGCACUGGUGCAUGAAGCAUGACGAGCUGCUAGCUGAGCAUAUCAAGUCCCUGCUCAUCAAGAACAACAGCCUCCCACGCAAGAGACAGAGCCUGAGGAGUUCCAGCAGCAAGCUGGCCCAGCUGACUCUGGAGCAGAUCUUAGAGCACUUGGACAAUCUGCGUCUCAACCUGACCAACACCAAGCAGAACUUUUUCAGCCAGACUCCGAUUCUGCAGGCUCUGCAGCAUGUCCAGGCGAGCUGUGAUGAAGCUCACAAGAUGAAGUUCAGCGACCUCUUCUCCCUGGCCGAGGAGUACGAGGACUCUUCCACCAAGCCGCCCAAGAGCCGGCGAAAAGCCGCUCUGUCUAGCCCCCGAAGUCGGAAGAAUGCCACCCAGCCGCCGAACGCCGAGGAGGAGUCUGGCUCCAGCAGUGCCUCGGAGGAAGAAGACACAAAGCCCAAGCCCACCAAGCGGAAGCGGAAAGGGUCCUCUGCGGUGGGGUCUGACAGUGACUGA